AUGAAUCAAAAAGCGCUUGAAGCCCUGAAGGAGCGUCUGGUUAGCAAAUACAAAGUCACAAUCGAUGUGAAGGUUGUCGACAUUACUAAUGAUGAGGACGUAGCUGCAUCGUGCGAAGAAGUCAAGAAAAAGAUUGGACUGCCUGACAUUUUGUUCAACAACGCUGGCAUCUUAGGCUAUCAUAAAGAGUUUAUAUUUCCAAUGAAAGUUUACGACUCUGUGCUGAAGAUCAAUUCCAGGGCCCCUGUUUUAGUAAGUGUGCCAAAGUUUUAUUUUUAAAUUUAACAUUCAAUUUUUAAAGAGUUAACUUAAAAAGAAAUGUUUUAGAUCAUCAGGAACUUUUUGGAAGAUUUCAUCGCGCGCAACAGUGGUUAUAUAGUGACAACUGGCUCAUUUUCUGGUCAUAUUGCCGUCGGUGUCGUAAAUCCUUAUGUAACCAGCAAGCACUGUAUUGUUGGCUUUAUGGGUACUCUUAGACAUUUUCUUAAAACCCGCGGCAAAAACAUUAAAUGUCUGACUAUUUGCCCUAACUACAUUAAAACUCCCAUGGUAGCCGGCGCUGAAUAUGAGUAAGUUAUACAUGUCCAAAUUUUCAGAAUCAGAGAGACAAUUGUGCUCUCACCAUCCUUGUUAUUUUUCUUCAUGUCGUCAACCCCCCACGAGAGAACACUAACCAUACUUCAUUGUUUAAUAAUUUACUUUUACAAUACGACGAUAUGACUUUUAAUAAUGUUUUGCAGUAACCCGCUGAUGCCAAUGCUAGAAGCGGAUUACGUUGCUGAUCGUCUCAUCGAAGCUAUCGAGUGCCAACGUGAGGAUAUGUUCUUGCCUAAAUUUACGUGGAUCUUUGUUUUGCUCAAAGGGUAAGCUCAAUUUUAAAAAAUUUUUUACUAAAGAGCUGAUUUUUUGCAUAUUUUUGGGCAUAUUCUUAAAAAACCUUCAUUUUGUAAUAUUUUAGAAUUCUUCUUUUUUUGGAAAAAUUUUACUGACUAUUUUUCAGAAUUAUGCCGACUUCUGUUUUCGACACGUUCUUGGAAAUGUUUGCGUUGCACGGCAGUGUCAACACCUAAGUACUACAAAAAACACGAUCUUAACCCAAUAUUUUACCGAACCUCAAUUUCAAUACAUCUGAAUAAACUUUAUCGGAAACGUUUAUAGCACUGUCAAAUAUCUUCACAAAAUUUUGAGAAACAAAUAAAAUUACUCUUCUUUCCGGCAAUAAUAGCCAUUGCCGCUAGACAUUAUCAGACCAUCGUUUUUUUCGAGACAUCUUCUAUUAUGUACUGCUCACUAUUUGAUUAUGAAUUGCGUUUUAUUAUUGUGUGGUCUCAGAACGAAAACAACUAUUCUAAAACGAAACGCCACGAAAAUUUGGAAAAUUAUUUUAAUCGAGAAAUUUUUAUGUUUUUGCCGUUUUUAUGGGAACUAUGACAAAUCGACAAAUGAUUAUAGUUCGCAAAUUCAGAUUUUGUUUAGUUUUUUUGUCGUGGAUUAUACAGUUUUUAUUUGAAAGGGUUGCAGCGUUUUAUGCAUUGUUUCUUGUUCAAAUAAUUUAUGCACGCUAGUUGUUGUAGAUUUGUAAUUUUAUGCUUUAGUAUCAAAACGUUUUUUUACUGUUUUUCCAACUCAAACAUUACGAAAUAUAAUAUGUAUUAUGAUUUUUUUAUGUGUUUGAUUGGCUUUUGUUAUAUUAUAGUGUUUUUUAGUGAAUAACUUGUGAUCAUUUAUUUUAGAAGCUCCAUGAGCUCCAAACAUUUUUUUGUGUAUAUUUUGCUGGGGCAUUUAUUGGUUAAUCUAGCGUUUUCGACUUUAUCACAAAGCUCACCGAGAGGAAAUAAGGUUGAAGAAGACGAUGAAUGGGACGAUGAUGAGUUAAAUGAAGGCGAAAACAGGAGAUCAAAGUUGAUGGAUUUGAUUGGGCACGAACAUGUAAGUAUUAUAUGUUAGUUUAGAUUUUUAGAAAAGAUAAAAGGAAGGUUUUUUGGUAAAAUGGAGGUGUAUAAUAUAUUCGGCUAAAACGGGGAAAUAUGUUAUGCUUGGUUUCGAACUAAGCGUUUUUAAUUAUGGCAAUUUUUAUAAAAAAUUUUAAUGUUAUGACGUUAUAUUUAGGAUGACGAAGCAAGGAAAGACAUUGUCGAAACUUAUGACACCUUAGAAAUUGAAAGGCCACAUCGUGACUUUAUUAAGCUUGCAUAUGUAACUCCAGUAAGUUUUACCAUAAUAAUUGUUUAUAAAUUUAGGAAUUUUACGUUGUGCAACUCUAAAACUAAAAAAUUUUACGUCGUGCAACUCUAAAAACUUUUUAGUGGUACAAUCAUGGAUACGAUGUGGCUAAAUGGGCGGCCAAUAAGUUUACGCACAUUGCACCUGUUUGGUUUCAGUUUGCACCAAAAUACUUUGGUCGUGAUUUGGCUUGUGAAAUUACUGGACAACACGAUAUUGACCAAGGUAUCUUUUUUAUAAUAUCUUUACUUUUGGGUGUGGUUUGUUUGAAAUCUGACUUUAGAAUUUAUGAAUUGCAAAUUAAACUGUAAGCUUGUGUUAUUUAUAGGGAUUAUUUUUAGAUUGGAUGGAUGAUAUCCGAAAGAACAAUUCUGAUAUCAAGUUUGUUCCUCGGUUUUUGUUUGAAACGGACGACUCCAAGUUGGUCGAUACAUUUUUGAAAGAAGAUUUUGCUCAAAUUCGAUGUGUUGACGCCAUCAUCAAGCUUGUUCAGGUAUGAUUAAUUUUUCAAAAUAUUUUGGAUUUUUUUGUUAAUUUUGGUUUUAUAGUUAAAUCGUAGCUUUUUAGGAGAUUAAUGGAGAUGGUGUGGUUUUGGAAGCUUUUUUGCAAGUUGUACAUGCUGUUCGAACAAGGGAAGCCAUGCUUGCAGCUGCUGAUUUUGUGGGCAGAGCUUCGCGACGCAUCAGAAAACAAAAUUUAAUCAGCAUUAUGCCUUUGAAUGCCAUGGUUUAUGAUGGGUAAGUUUUUAAAUCUAAAAAAUGACAUUUUGUGGUAUUUAGUCGAAAUUAUUUUUAUUUUGAGGACUGAGUAAAGAUUUAGUUGUUAAAUUCUUAAUGUUAAAUUUAUAAAAUAAAAAAAUGAUAAAAUAUAUAAAGUACGAUGUUUUAUUUACUAUUGCUUCAGCCAGGUUAUUAUUGAUACGGAUCUUUUGCAACAACUCUACAAAGACGUUGACUACAUCAACUUAAUGACUUAUGACUACGCGGCUAAACAGUAUAAGGGAUUGGCACCCGUGCCGUGGAUCGAGGCAAAUGUUCAAUUUUUGGCUGAAACUGACGAUAGCCUACUUUCGAAAACACUGCUUGGCGUUAACUACUAUGGUGCUUGCUACAAAGAUGGUCAAAUCACCCACAUUUUUGGUCGUGAUGCGGCUCGUCUUGUUAAAAAUAACGAAGAAUUGGUGUGGGAUGAAGAAACCGGUCAACAUUUUGUGGAGACCAGAGAAGAUAUGUGCGCAAUUCCGACAAAACGAAGCAUUGAAAUCAAGUUGGACUUGGUACAAAAACAUGGACUUCCAGGAAUUGCGAUCUGGGACCUCGGCCAAGGUUUCAAUCAUUUUACUCAGAUCUUGUAA